AAGCCGACGAGCUGCCAGCUGGACUUUUUAUUUCCCCUGACCCGAAGAAAGCAGCGCGUUUUCGGUCCUCCUGCAGCAGCGGAGGGGCCGCUCGGUGAUGAAGAACCGGGGGCUCUGAACCGGGAAGAGGAAGAGGAAGAGGAAGAGGGCCUUCACUCAUAUUUCAAUACACAAAAAGCAGCUCAAAGUGCUUUCCAUUCAGAGUAACGACCAGCAGACAACAGUUAAAGCUUUAAUGUCAUGGACGCAGAGAGCGGGGAGCUGUUUCUCAGCGGCGACGGCGGCGGCAUGGCGGCGGACAGCUGGCAGCUCGACGCUCCUUUCUCCUGCUCCGGCCUCGUCUUCGGCGGCUCAGAGAAACCCCUGCAGGACUGGGCAGUAGACCCCGACUGUACGCUGAAUGACAGCGAAUCCGAGGACGUCCUUCACGGCGUGGACCCGAACGAGGUGUUUCCCAGCGGGCCGCCCGCAGACCCCUCGUCUGAGAGCGACAGCGGCAUCUCUGAGGAUCCUGUAGUUGAGAGUCCUGUCGCCAUGGUGACCACGGCGACCACCCAGCCGGCCCCGGCGACCGUCUACCAGGUGGUUUAUGACAUCAGCAGCCUGGGCGGCGUGAAGACUGAACCCGGACAGGAGAACGUCAUCUCCAUAGAGCUCGAUGAAUGGAGCUCUCAGGUGUUGUUGUCGGACUCGUGCAUCGUUAACGAGCUGCCCGUGGUUUCUGCAGCUCGCCUCGACCCUCCCAGCCCCGACGACGACCCGCUGUACCCAGAUCUCCAGCUGACCGAGGAGGAACAGAAGCUGCUGACCCAGGAAGGAGUUUCUCUGCCCAACAACCUUCCUCUCACCAAGGCUGAGGAAAGAAUCCUGAAGAGAGUUCGGAGAAAAAUCCGCAACAAGCAGUCGGCUCAGGACAGCCGGCGGCGGAGGAAGGAGUACAUCGACGGGCUGGAGAGCAGGGCAGCAGCUUGCUCAGCACAGAACAAGGAGCUGCAGAGGACAGUGGAGCAUCUGGAGAAACGCAACAUGUCUCUGCUGGCUCAGCUGCGACAGCUUCAGUCUCUGAUUAAACAGACGGUCAGUAAAGGAGCCCAGACCAGCACCUGCUUACUGAUCAUCCUGGUCUCUCUGGGUCUGAUCAUCAUGCCGAGUUUCAGUCCGCUCAGCCGCCACUCGUCUGCAGACAACGACUACAGACCCACAGGAGUUAUUUCCAGAAACAUCCUGACAGACCCCUCCUCCUCCCAGCCGACAGCAGACGACGCCGACAGUCCAGCUGUCCAGUCCGACUCACCGGCACCGCCCUCUGAACUCAGCCAAUCAGGACCUCCGGAAGGCGCUGCCAUCCUCCAAGAACCGAUAGAAAACCCUGAAAAUACAGGCUUUGACGGGACGGCCGAAGAGGGGAGCCAAUCGGGGAACAGCUCAGCUCUCGUUGCCGGGCAGACUGAGCCGCUGGGUCUGAGGUCGCCGGCGGGGAAAGGAGGAAGCCACGAUCCCGCCAAACCUGCGCACGCUGACGAGAUGUAGAAAGACGGUUUCACGUUAGUGGUCGAUGAAGUCGACUGUGACGAGCUGUAGAUGCAUGACCAGCAAUGGACGCUCUGAAUAAUCACUGCCGAUCAGUAUCAGCCCAUAUUCGUCAGGAAUGAAUUGAUUGGUGUUGGUCUUUAAAUUUCCUGAUGAGAAAACGGAUCAUAAAACGUGACAGAGACAUGGCCGCCUGUCCUCUAAUGGAUUUCAGAAGCAGAAGUCCCACCCACAUUCUCACUCAGACCUUAACCACAAUACAGCCUUUACCUAAACCUAAUCUUAAAGGAGUAGAUUCAGUUUGGGAAAUAUGCUAAUUCACUUUCUUGUUGAGUUAGAUGAGAAAUUCAAUACCACUCGUAUGUCUGAGCGGUCAACGUGAAGCGACAGCCAGCAGCCAGUUAGCUUAGCUUAGUAUAAAGUUUGGCAACAGGUGGAAACAGCUAGCCUGGCUUUGCCCAAAGGUAACAAACUCCACCUACCAGCAGCCCUAAAGCUCCCUGAUUAACACGUUGGGUCUGGUUUGGGUCUCCGCAUCCGCGACUAUUCAUUCUAGUAUCUUUGUAUUUGCUCCCCCCCCCGCCGCAGUCCUACGCCACUGUUUAUGGAGGGUUAUGAGCCAGACUAUUUCCUGGCCAAGCAAACAGUUCCACCCCUUUUCCAGUCUUUGUGCUAAGCUACGCUAACUGUCCACUGGCUGCAGCUUCAUAUUUACCAUACAGAGUAGCAAAGAUCAUCUCAUCUCCCUCUUAGCAAAGAUCAUAACAAGAAAGCUGAGAAAUGUGUUUCCCAAAAUGUGGAACUAGUCCUUUUUAAACAGUAUGUUUUCAAGUUUAUACUUAAACUCAAAAAGAAAAUUCUUGAGUUUUUCAGCCUGGCUUUUAUUCUAAAAACUGAAGCCUUUUUGAUUUUGUAUCACGCUAACUUUGCACUCACCACCUGCGUUGUAGAGAUUUGGGAAACACAGAGUCAAGUUAAAAAAAAAAAAAAAAAAAAAAAGUAUAUCCGGGUCGCUAAGCUUUUCAAAUAAACUUGUCUCUGAGUCCAGAAACCCCCCUGGUUUAGCUAUUGGAGCUAACUCUAUACGGAUCUACUUGUGGAGCAACUAGCCAGCUAACCAAACCAUCUCAAAGCUUAUCGCUAAGCAACAAACUUUACAUGACAACUUGGCAAACUCUACUACGUGGACUCCAGAUGGUCCCGUUAAGAGCAGCGUGACUCAGGAGGUGUCUUUGGGUCACCAGGGGCUUGAUUUAGCAUUCGACAAGCUAAAGAAGUUUUCAGAGAAUUCUUAGUUCUUUUCUAAGAGAAAGGGAUUUUAAGGAUUAUUUGGUGUUGUGUGGAUCCACAGUCUAAGCCAGGGUCUUUCCUAAGGCCAGAAGUUCUAUAACGUUUCUGUGUCCAGGACUCCACAUACUGUAGAAGCAGUUCAGUAACAAACCCUUCAGAGGUCUGAUCCUGCAGAACAGAGGAUCUAUCAGUCUUCAGAUAGUACAGGCCUUUUCUAAACGAAGUAACAGCAAAGUUAAACUGUUGUUUUGUUCUCCUCUGGAACCUCGUCAAGGAUCUGUGGAUCCACAUCCGAGAAACCUUUUUGUUUUGGAAGAUUCCAGUGAACCACCAGGAUCCCGUUCAGCUCACAACUCACCUGAGAUAGAUCCAUAUUUUUGGGAUAUUGUAGAAUUUAAUUUUUUCCCCUCACAAAGCCCUUGUCUGUACUGACUCAAGUUAGCCAAAGAACUGUAGUGCAGUCCCCAUGGCACUUUGGCCCUUCAUUGAUAAAAUGUAAAAAUAAUCAAUGAUGAAAGUAAUUAUUAGUUGCAGCCCUAGAUUGCUCAUAAAAUGUAAAAUACUGUUUGUUUUUAGCUGCCUGUUCCUGUUAGCUGCCAGAAGCGCUGCAUUAUUAUUAUUAUUAUUAUUAUUAUUAUUUUUAAACAGUAGUCAAAGAGAAACAGACAAUGUUUAGAAAUGAAAAGAAUUAGAUUUGGUUGGCUGUAACGGGGCUGGAGGCAGGUUUUAUUCCCAUGGGAUCCGUUACUUUUUCACUUUCAAAGGGAGUUUUUCAGACAGAUUCUUGCUGUUUCUAAGGUUUGUUUCACUCCGCUGUAACUGGCAUUUUUCAGCGCCGUAACGCGACAUGGCCUGAUUACCUGCUGACCUCUGACCUUCUGCUUCUCAGUCUUUGUGGCCUUUUCCACCCCUUUAUGAUUAAGAACCACAUUAAUGUGGGCUCAACACCGCGUACCGAUGUCCUGAUCUUUCUUUAAUCGGUAACUUAUACAAUUAUGGGUAAAUGUAAUACAAAGCAGUGUCAUUUUGUUAACUGAACGGCUGGCUGAACUUGUUUUCCUACAUUACGUUAAUAUACAGUAGUUUAACACGUCCUCUCUGGGGCUUCCCUGCAGUUGGGUGUUAGGUGCCUUGCUCAAGGGUACGGAGAGUGUUGCCCUGUUAAAACACUCAAAGUACUCUGUGUUAUGGAAGAAAAUCCCAAGUGUUCUACUAAAGUGAAAUUCUGCUUUGGCUUUUUGUAAAUAAUGUUUGAUAUUUUGAACAUCAGUUUUCUUUGUUAGAGGGAUUUAAGUCUAAUUCUGGAUUUUUUUUUUGUAUUAAACAAAAGUCAAAAGUCCUUCUGAAUGGAUUAUUGAUUAUUGUCUGCUUCACUAAGUGGGCAGAAUUAAUUUAUUUAGUUCCACUGGAAUUACAGGAUGGAAACUGGAGCUUUGUCUUGCGUUCAGCGCUUAUGUUUUGUUUAGAGAUCCGUUCUGCUGCGCUUCAGAAACAACCUUUGGCCUUUACUGGAUCCAAGAUAAACAGUUUCAGCGUGCAGAUCAUGAUAAAGCCACGCAAGCCCAGUUUCAUUUAUAACACUGCAGUGGAGUGACACCUCCCUGUCUGACAGCUUGCUCUUGUUUGUGUCAGACACCGUCAUUAAUCCGCUCACAGGCUUUACUUUUCAUCAUUACUUUAUUAAAAGGGAACAAUCAAUGGA